AUGCAGGACUGGGCACCGGUGUUCAUCUCGUUGGUGCUCUUCACCCUGCUCUCCCCAGGGCUGCUCUUCCAGAUGCCUGCCAAGUCGCGGCUCAUCGCCUUCGGCAACUUCCACACCAGCGUCGCCUCCAUCGUCGUCCACACCAUCCUCUUCUUCGCCCUCGACGCCGUCCUCCUCGUCGCCAUCGGCGUCCGGAUCGAGCUCGGCAACUAG